AUGCCCACCCUUUCAGGGUUUAGGGAUGUGCCCCCAGCGCAGAAGCUAGAAGGCAGCCUGUUAAAGACCUACAAGCAAGACGAUUACCCCAACAAGGCAUUCCUGGCCUACAGAGUCUGCAUGACCCACGAAGGCCAGCCCUGGGUUUCCUCUGUGGUCCCCAAGAUCCGACUGCAGAUGGCGCAGGAUCCCUCCCUCAACCAUGAGUACCAGCCAGUGAUGGGCAUGAAAUCAUUCAUCGAGGCCUCGUUGCAGCUCCUCUUUGGAAAGUACAACGAAGUUAUUUUGGAGAACAGGGCAGGGGGCGUGCACACAGUUGGUGACAGCGGUGCCAUCCAGCUUGGGGCCCAGUUCCUCAAAACUUGGCAUCGAGAUUCCCAAAUAGUUUACAUCAUUUCUUCUAAAAAAGAGCUGCAUGGACUCGUCUUCCAGGACAUGGGCUUUACAGUUUACGAAUACUCCUUCUGGGACCCCCAGCAGCUGUGCAUGGACCCCAACAUGCUCCUUGAUGUGGUGGAGGAGGCCCCCCGUGGCUGUAUCUUUGUGAUCGGGAACAUUAGCAGCUGCAAGAUGACACCGAAUCAGUGGGCAAAGUUCAUGGCCUCCAUGAAGAGGAAGCAGAUAUUCCCAUUUUUUGACAUUCCCUGUCAAGGUUUAACCACCGGUGACCUGGAAGAAGAUACUAGGUUCUUGCAAUACUUCGUGUCCCAAGGCUUUGAGUUCUUCUGCAGCCAGUCUCUGUCCAGGAAUUUUGGCAUUUAUGAUGAAGAAGUCGGGAUCCUUGCCGUGGUGGCGCUCAACAACCAGCUCCUGCUAUGCGUCCUCUCGCAGCUGAUGAACUUGGCCCAGGCCUUGUGGCUAAACCCUCCUACCACGGGUGCUCGCAUUAUCACCUCCAUCCUCUGUAACCCUGCUCUGCAGGAAGAAUGGAAGCAGAGUCUGAUAGGGGUUGUGGGGAACAUCAUGCUCAUCAAGGAAAAGGUGAAGGGGAAGCUCCAGCUCCUGGGCACCCCCGGCUCCUGGGAUCACAUCACUGAGCAGAAUGGGAUCCAUGGCUAUCUUGGACUUGACUCCCAACAGGUGGAGUACCUGGUCAAGAGAAAGCACAUCUACAUCCCCAAGAAUGGUCAGAUCAACUUCACCUGUAUCAAUGCCUCAAACAUAGAUUACAUAACUCAGAGCAUCAGUGAAGCUGUCCUCGUCACAAAGGGCUCAGGGAAAUACACUGCCCUCCGCGAGGGAGGAGCACCCGCCCACAGCGGGGCUGCCACGGGCAAGGAGAAAGGGAACCGACAGGAGGGAAAGCCGAGUGGAGGGACGGGCAGCGUCAUCAGCCGCUCAAGGGAACGGCCGGGUUCCGCCGCCCGGGUUCGGCGCGGCUUCGGCACCGACGCUGCGGCCGCGCGCUUUCGGGCGGCGGUCGGGCUCCUCUCCGCCACCUGCGGACUGCCCAGCGCACCCGGCGGGCCCGGGCGCCUGCAGGUGCCUGGCAACCCCGAAGUUCUCCCCGCGGGGCCACGCCGGGAUUCCAGAGGUUCCAGCGGAUCCCAGAACCUUGCGCCCCCGUGUCUGCCCAUGGGUGCGGGCGCCCGUGCCGGCAGCUUGUGGUCACAGCGCCGCACGGUCGAGAGCCUGAGAGACGACAGGACGCCCGGAAAGCAGAAGCACUCCCGAGGCGGCGACCCGGACUGUGAAGAUCAAAAACACGGCCCCGCGCGGCCUCCGCCGCGGCCCGGGGCGAAAGCAACCAUUGGGCCCUCGGGGAGAACACAGAACUCCGGCGGCUGCGCUGUAGCUGCAGGCGCCGCCGCCGCCACAUUCAAGAUUUAG